AUGAGUCUGGCAAGGAGAGGCCCUGAGGUCUAUGGUCGUGGGCAUGUUUCCGACCUUCCGCUCCUCUGUUGCCGCACUAGGCACUUCCUCGACCCCGACACAACUCCAGCCAGAAUAACCUUCCAACUCCAGCGACAUAUGAGGGCAGUUCCCGGCGUAACAGCCAGCUCUCCUAUUGACCACAUCCUCCUCACCGUCCAGGAUUUACUGGGCCCGGAACAUCAAGACGGCAAUAAUAAAGAGUCCGAGAACCGUAAGGCCUCGGUAAAGCCAGGGCCCUUUACCUGGCUCGGAUCGCGCAUCACAACAGCGGAUCUCCUGACUCAUUUCGGUAUCAUGCAAGUCCCGCCGCCUGACGUCCGUCUCCAGUUUCUCCGUACCUUCAUCAAGUAUGUGUACCCGGGCUUUCCGUGCAUAGAUGUAGCCUCUGUUGAGUUGCUGCAUGGGCACUGUGAUCAUGAUACCUCCAGUCCCCUGCUCAUGUGGGCCGUCCUUUCGGCUGCUUGUCCGUUUGUCAACGGCGCGGCGCUACGAGGCGCUGGGUAUGCUACUCCCAUCGAGGCACAGGAGGCGAUGGCGAAAAAAGCCAAGCUGGCAUAUGAAAUGGGCGUAGAGGGCGAUCCUAUCCGUCAGGUUCAGUCCCUGUUGCUGCUCCCGCUCUGGGAAGGACAGGGUAUUGGUAACAAGGGGGUUGGCUAUUGGCUUGCACAUGCAAUAGCGACAGCGGAGAGGUUUUCCCUGCAUAUCGGGGAGGCCGACAAUCCAGUCCGGGGCUUGAAGAAACGCAUCGCGUGGUGUCUUUUUAUUCGAGACGUACAGAUUGCUCUCGCGCAGCACCGGCCGUUCCAAAUGCGCGAUCGCAAGACAUGGACAGCCCUGUCCCCAAUCACGAUGGAGGAUUUUCCUCCAGCAAGCGACAAGUCUGCAGCAACAGUCGACCGUUUUAGUCCAUUCGCUGGCCUUCAGGAACGGCUCAACUCGCUUUUCGUACACAAGGCUACGCUUUAUCUGGUGGUUGCCGACUUCAUCGAUUGCCUGUACGCUACAUCAUGGACGAUUAACGAGAGAGGCGACCUCUCCCCUACUCUGUCACCACGGCAAGGAGUACCUGCAGCAGAGCUAGCCUCCCACCGGGGCAGCUUAGAGACAUGGCUCCGCGAGCUAGCAGGCAAAGUCAAACCGUGUGUCGAUAACGACUCAGCUCUGGUCCUGUUGAUCGUCACGAGUCUCCGAAUCGAGUACCUCUUCGCUGUCUGUGCGGGUGUUCCUCGUCACAAUCCAGAGAAUAGGGUACCAGCCAUCCCACCGUCCGUCCUUUCCUGCACCGAGGGCAUUUUAGCACUCAUACGCAGGCUCCACUCGCAUAGACUGAGUUUGUUAUUGCCACCUAGCUGCGCAGCCGCGCUCCUAUUCACGACAAAGGUAUACGCAGCGGAAGUCGCGCGUGUGGGGGCCGGUGACCAAUCGUACAGUUUCUCACACUAUAUGGUUUGCGUUGCUUUGUUGAGAGCGUUUAAUCGGGUGCAUCCUCUGCCCAAUGUGAGGAAUCCACUGUUUUCGCCAGGGUCGACGGUCACGACGUAG